AGUCAUAGUCGAGCUUUGACAAUCUUAUUAGCAACAAUGGCAGCUAAAUUGUUCGUGGUCCUGUCCCUGGCCGUGGCGGCGUCGGCCGUGCCGCUGGUGCCGGUGGCGAAGGUGGCGUACGCGGAGGUGGAGGCGCCCGCGCACUACGAGUUCCAGUACUCGGUGCACGACGAGCACAGCGGAGACAUCAAGCAGCAGCAGGAGGCGCGCGCCGGCGACGCCGUGCACGGCUCCUACUCGCUGCUGCAGCCCGACGGCCUGACGCGCGUCGUCGACUACUCCGCCGAUAAGGAGCACGGCUUCAACGCCGUCGUGCGCUACGAGGGCCACCCCGCGCCCGCGCCCGCGCACCCCGUCAAGCUCGCCUACGCCGCCCCCGUCGCUAAGCUCGCCUACGCCGCCCCCGUCGCCAAGGUCGCCUACUCCGCCCCUGUCGCCUACGCCGCCCCCGUCGCCAAGGUUGCCUACGCCGCCCCUGUAGCCAAGGUCGCCUACUCCGCUCCCGUAGCCUACGCCGCCCCCGUUGCCAAGGUCGCCUACUCCGCCCCUGUCUCCUACGCCGCCCCCGUCGCCAAGGUCGCCUACUCCGCCCCUGUCUCCUACGCCGCCCCCGUCGCCAAGGUCGCUUACAGCGCCCCCCUUGGCCACGUUACCUUCGCCUCCCCCGCCGUCUCCUACCACCACUAUAGGAACCGCGUUAAGCUGCCGCAGGCACUGCUACGGCGCAACCCUGAGAGCACACGCACGCGUAUAAAAAGUGUCGCACCUCACAAAUUGUCACAGUCAAACUCAGACUCAUUCAACAACAACAUGGCAGCUAAAUUGUUCGUGGUCCUGUCCCUGGCCGUGGCGGCGUCGGCCGUGCCGCUGGUGCCGGUGGCGAAGGUGGCGUACGCGGAGGUGGAGGCGCCCGCGCACUACGAGUUCCAGUACUCGGUGCACGACGAGCACAGCGGAGACAUCAAGCAGCAGCAGGAGGCGCGCGCCGGCGACGCCGUGCACGGCUCCUACUCGCUGCUGCAGCCGGACGGCCUGACGCGCGUCGUCGACUACUCCGCCGACAAGGAGCACGGCUUCAACGCCGUCGUGCGCUACGAGGGCCACCCCGCGCCCGCGCCCGCGCACCCCGUCAAGCUCGCCUACGCCGCCCCCGUCGCCAAGGUCGCCUACGCCGCCCCCGUCGCCAAGGUCGCCUACUCCGCCCCUGUCGCCUACGCCGCCCCCGUCGCCAAGGUAGCCUACGCCGCCCCCGUCGCCAAGGUCGCCUACUCCGCCCCUGUCGCCUACGCCGCCCCCGUCGCCAAGGUUGCCUACGCCGCCCCUGUAGCCAAGGUCGCCUACUCCGCUCCCGUGGCCUACGCCGCCCCCGUUGCCAAGGUCGCCUACUCCGCCCCUGUCUCCUACGCCGCCCCCGUCGCCAAGGUCGCUUACAGCGCCCCCCUUGGCCACGUUACAUUCUCAUCUCCCGCCGUGUCCUACCACCACUAA